GACUAACAUGCUACCCCUCUGAUACAGGGUCAUUUUGAUUUUCUUUGAAUAAGUGAGAGUUUAGUUGUAACAUGGUGAAACCCCAGCUCAUUUCUAAACAAAUCCCACUCUGGCUCUAACUUCAGCUGCAUUUCUCUGGCUGUCGUUUCCAUUCCCUCCGAGGUGACACACAGGAAGCCAAAGGUCACCGCAGUGCGGAAGUUGCAGCACUGGUUACGACACAGGCUGCAAGGCGCGUGCAGGUUGAAAAUUACGCUGGUGGAAAUUUUGAUGCCACAGAAUGAGUUACACUUUAGAGCAAUGAUGUACAUUACGGGCAUGCAGGAGCAUGUGACGGCCUCUAUAAAGAGACCCAUGCUGGCCCAAUGGCAGAGUAGAUCCACAGAGCAGGGUCAGCGGGUGCAGGAUGGGUUGCCCGGUGUGUUGGCUCAGUUACCUGAUAGUACUUUUCCUCUUUUACUGUUCAGAGGCCCGUCCGUCCAACAUUCAUGAAAAGCCAGCCACCCAGCUGAAAGUCCCCAAGUACCGCCUUUGGGACGUGGCCCAGAAGUCUCUCUACCUGCGGAACAAUCAGCUGGUCGCCGGCUAUUUGCAAGGCCCCAACUCUGCGCUGGAAGAGAAGAUUUACUGUGUCACCAACCGCUUCUACGAGCCGGAGAAGUUCCCCAUCAUCCUGGGCAUCCAGGAGGGGCACCGCAGCCUGGCGUGUGGGACGGGCGCCCUGCCCGUGCUGCAACUGGAGGACGUGAACAUCACGGAGGUGUCCCGGGGCGGCAACGAAACCUCCCGCUUCACCUUCUUCCGCUCCUACAAGGACGGCAUGUGGCGCUUCGAGUCGGCCGCCUACCCGGGCUGGCUGCUCUGCACCUCGGCCCAGUCCAAUGAGCCCCUGGGCCUCACCCGCCACCCGGACGCAGCCCACAUCGUCGACUUCUACUUCCAGCUGUUCUGAGCCCAGCCGCCCGGGGGGGGUGUCCCAGCCCCUGGCUGCUGCCAGCCCAGCCUUGCCCCUGGCUGCGUAGGAGACCAGCUGGGUCGGGAAGGGCUGCACGACCUCUCCCCUGACCCAGCCGCAACCAGCCAGGGUUGUGUUCCUAGGAUUCCUGGGUCCCAGCAGGAGGGCCCCGGGGCCUGAUCCUGCCGGGGAACUGAGCGCCCGCCCAGUGGGAGUGUUUCAGGGCACCCAGCCCCUUGUAGAGCCAGGCCGUGCACUUCAGCCAACGUGCCCCAAAGAAGGCCCCAAUCCUGGGGGCCCAUCUCCAGUGCCGUGGGGCCUGGCAUGGCUGUCCAGGACACCCAGCCUUUUCCAAAGGGGCCUGUGGGCAUCCAGCGGCAGGAUGGCCCAGCAGUUAGAGCACUAGCCGGGGACUUGGGAAACCCUGCUCUGCCAGACUCCGUUGGGCAAGUUCCGGAGCCGCUCCGUGCCUCAGUUUCCCCCUCUGUACAAUGGGGCCAGCAGCCCGACCCUGUAUCCCGGGGCAUGUGAGGGUAAAUCCAUUAGCCACCUGCCCAUGGACGAAUCCCAGAGUGUGCAGGUGUCUGCCCACGUGCCACGUCAGCACCAUUCUGGCUGGGCUCGGUGUCUCCCGGCGGUUCUGCUCUGCACGGCUACGAAAGGGCCGGGUGCCCCAGGAGGGGAUCUGGGUGCACCCCCUUGCUGUGUGAAUAGCUUGUCCCACCAGAGAGCUCUGGACCCCCCCAGCCCCAGCCUGGCUUUGAAUAAACGUGGAAAUUAGCUACCCAUGCCUGAGCGACACUGU